GAGAGAAACGGUUAUUUUGACUCAAAAUUACUAAGCAGACAACAUGCAGAGAUUUGGGAGGACAGUGGAAAGAUAUACAUCAAAGACGUGAAAAGUGCUAAUGGCACGUUCAUCAACGGCGAGCGACUCAGCCCAGAAGGGGUCCAGUCCGAGCCGUUCGAGCUCAAAAAUGAUGAUAUCGUGGAAUUCGGUAUCGACAUCAUUGGUGAAGACAACAAGACCACGAUCCACCACAAAGUCGCUGCACGCGUCAUGUGUGUGUUCACAGAUGAAGAUGCG